AUGCACCAAAAACACCUCGACUGGCUAUCUGUGAAGCAGCAGCAGCGGGGCCAGCGGACACCAGGAUCAGGCCAGCAGCAGCAUUGGUGGCAGCGGUGGCAUCGCCACCGGACCAGCAGAGAGCUAAGAGUAACAAUCUUUGUUCCCCUUAGAUAUGGUCUUGGACCAGAAAAUCCUUAUCCAAACCAGUACGCUGAAUGUCUAAAGGCCACCGUCCACUUUCUGAAGCACACUGAAGAUUAUCAUGUAGAUGCUUCCCGUGUUAUCAUUGCAGGGGACAGCAUGGGAGCAAAUUUGGCAGCAAGGGUUUGCCAAUUGCUGGUGGACAGAAAAGAUCUCCCAAAAGUUCAUGCUCAGGUUUUGAUCUAUCCAGUACUGCAGGGAAUGGACUUUGAUUUGCCUUCAUAUCAACAGAAUGCCAGAGUUCCAUUUUUGUGGCGGGACAUGAUUGCCUAUUUCUGCUGCCUUUUCUUCAACGAGAAGACAUCGUUGGUAGGUGAGAUCAUUGAGGGUUGCCAUGUUCCUCCGGAGAUGAGGCUGAAAUAUCGGAAAUGGGUGAAUGGAGACCUCAUUCCUGAAAAAUUCAAGGUCAGAGGCUACAAACCACGAGAUCCAGCCUCAUAUAAAUUUAAACCGGAGGUGUACGAAGAAAUGAAGCAACUGUUGGAAGUAACAGCUUCACCACUUUUUGCCGAAGAUGCCAUCAUCAGUAAGCUCCCACAGGCAUGCAUUUUGACCUGCGAGUUUGAUGUACUCCGAGAUGACGGGCUGUUGUACAAGAAACGACUGGAGGACAAUGGCGUGCCAGUCAAGUGGACCCACCUUGAGACUGGCGUGCAUGGAGCAUUGAUCUUAUUUGGCUAUGGGAUAAUGUCCCUUCCAUCAUCAAAACCGAUGGUGCACAACUUUGCAAAGUUUGUCAAGAACUUGUGAGGCAAAUAACAAACUUGGCA